GCUAAGGGAGUUCACUCUGUUUUUCGUCGUGUUGCGCCAUGUUGAGACAGACCUCACUAUUCCAGUCGGACCUAGACUUUUGUCCUGACUGCGGCACCGUUCUUCCUUUACCUGGCGUAGAGGAUAUGGUGGCCUGUCGAAGGUGUGAUUAUCGUGUAGACGUGAAAGCAUUUCAUGGAGUAGAGAUAAAAAGCGCUAUUUUUCUCAAUGAGCCAACGAAGAUAAUACAAAAUGAUGUUAAUGACACAAACCAAAGAAAACAUGUGGGACCUAAGGUGGACAGGAAAUGCCUUCAGUGUGGACAUGAACAGAUGACUUACACCACUCAACAGACACGUUCAGCAGAUGAGGGUCAAACAGUCUUUUACACCUGUUUAGAGUGCAGGUUUCAAGAAAUAGAGUUUUCCUGAUGCAAAGAAAAGGAAAGGAAACCUGUUCCUCAGUGUAUCAUAUCUAUAUUUGUGUGUGUAUCCAUGCAUGUUAUGAUAUUCAUUAAAAUGACUUCAGUGCA